AUGAAGGUUAUUAAUUCGGAAAUCAAUUCCUUUUAUCAAACUCGAUUCAAUCAGUUAAUUGAAGUGCCAAAACUUGAAAGAUGGUUUCGUAAUGAUCAAAAUCCAUCGCGACAAAAGCUAGUUAAUUAUAUGAAUUUACUGAAUGGGUCAAAUUAUCGUAAACAUAACACAAAAAUUACUUAUCAGCAAAUAUGUAACUGGUUCGCUAAUCAACGAGCUAACCACAGAUCUUCAUCACAUCUGAAUCAAACUAUUGUUCAUAGUACAACUAUACAACCAUCGAUGGUCACUUCAACUCAGCCAAUUCUGUCAAUCGACUUUCGUCCGAAAUUUGAUUUCAAUACAUUAAGUGAAAACAAGCAAUCCAAUGGUGUUAGCGAAGCAGAAGAUGUAUCCUUGGAAUUUCAGGAAAUUCAACGAAUCGAUGGUGGUUCUGACUCGCCAACGCCUAAUGAUGAUGCAAGUGUGCAUAGCACUAGUGAUGGCGGAUUUGAUAAUGAAAUACCGCAAAAACAGAAUCCUCAAGAGCUCGUUACCUCAUCACCAGAGCUAUCGCUGGAUUUAAAUGGAAGUCUUGCGUCAACAUCACCAAAACCGCCUUCGACCUCGAAUUUAUUAAAUGGCAACGGAUCCUCAGCACAAUCACAACCGAGUCGAUCUCGCUUAAUGUUUGAUCCUCUAACUGAAUUGCCGAUUGAUCAAUAUACAGAAGCUUUAAAUAGCUGUCAGUACCGGCAAAGUUAUCCACCAAUCUCCACACAUAAUGUGAAAAUUUGGUUCAAAAAUCGCCGAGCGAAAUGCAAAAGAAUGUUAACAGGAGAUUUGAAAAUGGAAAAAUGUUUUUAG